AAAAACCCUCCCAAAUCCACCGUUUCCGUACACUCACCACCAACAAACCGCGCACCAUAGACGAAGCUUGAGAGGGCGCCGCCUCCGCCAUUUCAUCGAGCACAUGGCCGGCGCUCUCAGAGCCUCAUCAUCGUUCUCCGCUCUCCUCCUCCCUCGCGGAUCCUCUUCUCCACCUCGCCCUCUCAAAGUCUCCCUCUACCCUCGCAAGUCCUUCGCUCCACCCAUGGCCUCUCUCGCGGUCUCUUCGUCUCCGACUCUCACCAUCUCCGACACCUUCUCCAAGCUCCGGGAACAGGGAAAGGUUGCACUUAUUCCUUUCAUAACUGCUGGUGAUCCUGAUUUGGUUACGACAUCAAAAGCGUUGAAAGUUCUUGAUUCUUGCGGUUCAGACUUGAUAGAAUUGGGCGUACCUUAUUCAGAUCCUUUGGCAGAUGGACCAGUUAUUCAGGCAGCUGCUACGCGUGCCCUAGCAAAAGGAACAAACUUUGAUUCAGUCAUCUCCAUGCUAAAGGAGGUAGUACCUCAGCUGUCUUGUCCAAUAGCUCUCUUUAUGUAUUACAAUCCUAUCCUGAAGCGUGGUGUGGAGAAUUUCAUGUCUAUUAUAAGAAGUGUCGGCAUACAUGGGCUUGUGGUGCCUGAUGUUCCUUUGGAGGAGACUGAAAUUUUGAGAGAUCAAGCUGUUAAGCAUAAUAUUGAGUUAGUGCUACUUACAACUCCAACUACACCAACUGAGAGGAUGAAAGCCAUCGUAGAAGCUUCAGAAGGUUUUAUUUACCUUGUCAGCUCAGUGGGAGUUACAGGUGCCCGUGCAUCUGUUAGUUUACGCGUGCAAUCUCUUCUUCAGGAGAUUAAACAGGCAACGACUAAACCUGUAGCAGUCGGCUUUGGCAUAUCGAAACCGGAGCACGUGGAGCAGGUGGCUGGAUGGGGUGCGGACGGUGUGAUAUUCGGUAGUGCGAUAGUAAAGCUCUUGGGCGAAGCAAAAUCCUCUGAAGAUGGAUUGAAAGAGCUGGAAAACUUCACAAGGUCCUUGAAGGCCGCACUUCCGUGAAGAACAAGACUAGUGAAAAAGGGGACAGUAUCAAAAUGAUUUAAUAAUUUUUGUAUGCUUCAUUUUUGGGAGAUUGCAUGGAAAAGUGAUUCUUAUCUUGAUUUAGGUUGUUGUGGAGUUAUUAGGUGCAGGAUCAGCAUGCUUGGAGAAAAGGAGUGGGACAUGGAUAAUAUGUUUCUAUUUGCCAAUUGUUGUGAUGCUUCUUAUAACUAUGUAUUCUUCUUCUUUCUUUUCUUUCUCUCCUGUCUAAAAAUGUUGGCAAUUUCAAAGUGAUGUUGCAUUAUCUA